AUGGGUGAUUGGUCAUUACUUGGCCGUCUCCUAAAUGAAGUUCAGAAUCAUUCCACAGUAGUUGGGAAGAUCUGGUUGACAGUGUUGCUGAUUUUUCGUAUUUUGCUGGUCACACUAGUGGGUGAUGCAGUAUAUGGUGAUGAGCAAUCGAAGUUCACCUGUAACACCCGUCAGCCAGGCUGUAAUAAUGUUUGUUAUGACACUUUUGCCCCUAUUUCUCAUCUGAGGUUCUGGAUUUUCCAAAUUGUUCUGGUCUCAACACCAUCCAUUUUCUAUAUUGUGUAUGUCCUGCAUAAAAUAGCAAAAGAUGAAAAAUAUGAAAUGGAAAAAAUGCAUACACUGGAAUUAUCCAACAAUCCUAUGACUAGUGGACACCUUCCAAAAGAUGAAAGCUUGACUCUAAGAUCUUUUGUUGGCGACUCUCAGGAAAUUAAAUGUUAUCAAAGGGAUGGAGAUGAUGAAAUAGAGCACAUUAAAAGCAGAAAGAACAAUGAUCCAAUCUAUCUAUCGAAUAAGGUUUUAACUGUAUAUAUUAUACAUGUAAUGCUGAGAGCAGUUGUGGAAAUAAUAUUUUUGCUGGGACAGUACUACCUGUAUGGAUUUAAUGUUCCAUGUCUGUUUGUGUGUUGGACCUAUCCAUGUCCAACCAAAACAGACUGCUUCAUAUCCAGAGCCACAGAAAAGACCAUCUUUUUGAACUUUAUGUUUUGUGUUAGUCUUGCAUGCUUUUUGCUGAACAUCGUUGAGCUCCAUUAUUUGGGAUGGAUUUAUAUUGCACGUGUGUUAUGUACUACUUGCUCACCCUGUUGCAAGGAGGAGAAACAAAAGGAAGCAGUAAAUCAGUCUUCACAACAAAAACCUCUUAAAUUAGCACUAAAAACUUCAUUCUACAACAACCUAACACUGAAAUCGUCAGUAGGAUUGUUGAAACAGGGAUCAGAUAAUCUUCCAAGUCAAGCAGCAAUUUCAUUGGAUUCUGAAUCAGUAGAAAGCACAACAUAUCAGGAUGAAAAGGAAUGUGGCAAGCUGCAACAUGGAAAUCUAAACAUGCCUGGAACAAGCAAGAAAGCUUGGCUUUAA